AUGGCAUCUACAGAAAAACCAGAAGACGUCACCGACAAACCCAACGAGCAACCCCAGUCCCCAGCCCACAACGAUGGCGGGGAGACGACGACAACGAUAGCAGCAGAAGCGAAACCAGUAGCCGAGGACGAUGACGAUUCUGACUUUGAAGACUUGGAUGAUGUUCUCGACGACUUUAACAAACCAAAGCAGCCCGCAAAGACAAAAGAAGCACCAGCAGCUACAUCCACAACAACCGAGCCCUCGAAUAACCCCGAGCUCAACAAUGGCGCAGCGGCUGAUUUCGACGAAAACGAUUUUCUCAAACAGUUGGAAGCCGAUAUGAUGACCAAACUCAUGGCUGCUGGCAUCGACAGCCCGAACAACAACAACACAGCAGCAGCAGCACCACCACCACCACCACCACUAGGACCCAGCAGCAGCACGUCCGACGCCGCUGCUGCUACUGGAUUCGACAGCAAGCAGGUUGAAGAGCUCGAGAAGCAAUUUGGCGAUGCAGGCAUAAACCCAGAGGACUUUUUCAAGGAGUUGCUUGCCGAGGCUAUGCAAAAGCCACCGGCGCCGUCUUCCAAGGGUCAGGAUGCUUUGUCGUCCUCGGCGGUAAAAACAACAACAUCGGCAGGAGGAGACAAUAACACCACUGACGAAAAAGGCUCGUUUCAAGAUACCAUCCAACGAACACUAGAACGCAUGCAAGAAUCCGGCGACAAAGCCACCGCAGCCACCACCGAAGAAGGCGACAUAUCCAACGACCUCCUCGAGCAACUCCUCAAAGCCAUGGACGGAGCUGGCGGCGGCGGUGGCGACGGGGAAAACCCGGACCUCAACCAAAUGUUCAUGGGCAUGAUGGAGCAGCUAUCCAACAAGGAAAUGCUGUACGAGCCAAUGAAGGAACUGCACACGAAAUUUGGCCCCUGGCUACAAGAAAACAGAGACAAAGUGCCCGCCGACGAGCUCGAGCGGUUCGAGACGCAGGCCCGUUUGGUGGGCGAGAUUGUGAACAAGUUUGACGAGCCCGAUUUCUCAGACGACAAGUCCGAGUGUCGCUCUUAUAUCUGGGAGCGAAUGCAAGCGAUGCAAGCAGCCGGAAGCCCGCCAGACGACCUCAUUGCAAACCCGUUACUAGACGAACUCGCCGCUGGCGACGACGGGGGUCCCAACGGCCCUGCGCCGCCGGAAUGUCCGCAGCAGUAG